UAAGAGGAUAUAUAUAUAUAUAUAACAUCGUGACAGUUUUUUAAAAAAAUGACUUCAACGUUAUUAAAGUAUAAUAUCAUACUUAUAGUACUAUGCAUCGGAAUGUCAUUAAUUCAUAAUUCGUCAGGAGCGACCGAUCGUCUUGAGUUUUUCAAAUAUAAUUGUAGAAAGGAUAUCAACUUAUACUUCAAUCCUAUGAAUCCGCCAUGCAGAUCCGUUUUGUUGGCACUGGAAGCUUUGAAUUUAGAAAUUAACUUAAUAAAUAUACGUCUCUCCGCCAAUAAAAAACCAAUAGAACAUUUCCUCAAAACAAAUUAUAAGUACACUAUACCGGUAAUACAGGAUGGUGACUUUGUUUUAUCGGGGAGUCAUGCAAUCAUUGUGUACUUGGUUCGAAAAUACGGAGGAAAAGACGAUCAUCCGCUGUACCCCAAUGACCCGAAACUUCAAGCGCAGGUCAACCAAAGACUGCAUUUUGACAACGGCACCUUGUAUCCGGCUUUUAAAAUUCAAUACAACAAAUGGAUUUACUAUAGAAUAGCGAAAACCAAAGAAAGAGAGUAUAAAAUCCACAAAACUCUCGAGUUUUUAGAAAAUGUUCUGAAAAAAUCUCCUUGGACAGCCGGCGAUUCAAUGACUGUGGCCGAUUUCUCUUUGGUCGCUUCCAUUUCAACCUUUCAGGUUGCCGGUGUUGACUUGAAUAAGUACGACAAUAUAAAUAAAUGGUUUAUAAAGUGCACAAAUACAAUGGCCGGAUACGAAAAUGUUAAUAAGAAUGGAAUCACUUUAUUUAAUACUCUGUUAAAUUAUUUUUCUAAAAAAAUGACCUCAACGUUAUUAAAUUUUAAUGUCAUACUUAUAGUACUAUGCAUCGGAAUGACAUUAACUCAUACUUCGUCAGGAGGUAAAUAUCAAUUUUUAUUUAUAAAAAAGGAUAUCAACUUAUACUUCGAUCCUAUGAAUCCGCCAUGCAGAUCCGUUUUGUUGGCUCUGGAAGCUUUGAAUUUGGAAAUUAACUUAAUAAAUAUACGUCUCUCCACCAAUAAAAAACAUAUAGAACAUUUCCUCAAAACAAAUUAUAAAUACACUAUACCGGUAAUACAAGACGGUAACUUUGUUUUAUCGGGGAGUCAUGCAAUCAUUGUGUACUUGGUUCGAAAAUACGGAGGAAAAGACGAUCAUCCGCUGUACCCCAAUGACCCGAAACUUCAAGCGCAGGUCAACCAAAGACUGCAUUUUGACAACGGCACCUUGUAUCCGGCUUUUAAAAUUCAAUACAACAUGUGGAUUUACCAUAAAAUACUGAAAACCAAAGAAAAAGAGGAUAAAAUCCAUGAAGCUCUCGAGUUUUUAGAAAAUGUUCUGGAAAAAUCUUAUUGGGCAGCCGGUAAAUUAAUGACUGUGGCUGAUUUUUCUUUGGUCACUUCCAUUUCGACCUUUAAGUCUGUCGGUGUUGACUUGAAGAAGUAUGACAAUAUAAAUGAAUGGUUUAGAAUGUGCACGAAUACAAUGGACGGAUACGAAAAGGUUAAUAAGAGUGCACUCAAUUUCCUGAUUUCUCUGAUAAAUUAUCAGAAAGAAUUUGAUAAAUUAAAUCGAACGCAGAGUCUAUAA